UCAUAAGCGGAAGUAAAUAGUCGGGUUGGCACGUUAGCUAGCAAGGGGCGUCAAUAAAGUAUUAAGUUCAGCGUGCAUUCACCUGCAUUUUAACUCGUUCAUUUUUAUUACAGUAUACUGUCGAAUUGCUUUAAAGGGUUGCCAUAUAGGUGCACCCGAGACCUGCCUCCGUAACGAUUACAUGAGCAGAGCUCUCGAGCACGUUUAAGGCCUGGAACCUGUGCUAACUUAGCCAGCGUUGUUGCCGCUUAGUUCCAGCUAACGGCGCGUGUAGCACCUUAGCUAAAACUAAAGACUGAAGUGGCUACUUAGUUAAACGAAAGUCUGCUAUUCUUCCAGGCGUGUAAAUAUAGUCUAUCCAGGUAGUGUCAACUCUGGCUGUGGUGGAAGGAAAGCUUCGGCUGGAUCUAAAAUGAUCAUUGAAAAUCUGGAUGCUUUGAAAACAUGGCUGUCUGAAACGCUCGAGCCCAUCUGCGAAGCAGACCCUUCAGCCCUCGCCAAGUAUGUUGUUGCCCUGGUGAAGAAAGACAAAACUGAAAAAGAACUAAAAGCCUUGUGUAUUGACCAGUUGGACGUGUUUCUUCAAAAAGAGACCCAGCAAUUUGUGGACAAGCUGUUUGAAGCUGUGAACAACAAAAGCUAUCUGCCCCAGACAGAACAACUGCCCACUGCGGUGAAAGUGGAGAAAGAUGAACAGAAAAAUGAUGAGACAAAUCGAGAAGAGGAACGUGACAAAAAGUUUUCUCGACGAGUGAAUAAUAGCCCUCCACCAUCAAGUUCCCGCUAUAGUAGAGAUAGCAGGAGAGGAGACGAUCGUAAGAGGGAAGACCGUUCCAGAAAGAGAGAUUAUGACCGCAACCCACCAAGAAGGGACUCCUACCGGGAUCGCUAUAAUCGGAGGAGGGGCCGCAGUCGUAGUUACAGUCGUAGCCGAAGCCGGAGUUGGAGCAAGGAUCGUACUCGUGACCGCGACAGAGAGCGGGAUAGAGACCGUGACAGAGACAGAAGCAUGAGUCCCUCUCAGAGCAGAACUCGCUCUCGAAGUAGGAGUAGAGAACGAGAUUCUGGGAAAUUAAAGUAUGAUCAUGAUCGAGCGGACAGGUUGGAAGGUGCCGAUGGCUACACCCCAACUGUUCUGGUUUCCACUGCAACCACCUCACAUUUCCCUGUGCCGGCACUAAGCAGCACCAUCACAGUCAUAGCUCCAACUCAUCACAGCAACAACACAACCGAGAGCUGGUCAGAUUUCCGCCCAGAUCACCCUGUGGAUCAUGGCCCUUUUAGGGGGCCCCCUCCUCAGCAAAGAAAACGUUGCCGUGAUUAUGAUGAAAAAGGCUUCUGCAUGAGAGGAGACAUGUGCCCUUUCGACCAUGGAAGUGACCCAGUUGUCGUGGAGGAUGUCAGUCUGCCCAAUAUGCUGCCCUUCCAACCUCCACCCAUCCCUGGUGUGGAUCCCCCACCACCCCCAGGUCUUCCACCUCCACCUCUCUUGAAUCCAUCACCUGUGAAUUUGGGGCCUCCUGUGCCCACACCAGGGGCUCUCCCGCCAAGCCUUCCGCCGGUUGCCGGGCCACCUCCUCCUCUUCCACCACUUCAACCAUCAGGAAUGGAUGCUCCUCCCAAUUCCAUUACAAGCGCCGUUCCCACCAUUGUCACCUCAGGGAUGCGCUCUUCAGUAUCUCAAAUGUCUGCACCACUUUUCCCCUCAGAUACCUAUGAGACUGAUGUGUACAAUCCAGAGUCUCCCAGCAUUACCAUCAGCUCCAGGCCAAUGUACCGCCAUCGUGCCAAUGCCCAGAGGCCCAACCUGAUUGGCCUCACAAUGGGUGAUGUAGACCAGCCUCAUAGAGACAAGGUUCCAAAUAACAGCAUGAGAAUUGUCAUGGAUUCUGGACCAAGGAAGAGACCAGCUGGUCCACAUGAUGGGACCAUUGUGCACAAGAAACCUUGGCUUGACAAACCUAAUUUUAACAAGCCCAACCACCUGGGAUACAACAGAAGAGGCCCAUUCAACUCCACCAAUACAAAGCUGCUGGUUCGGCAAAUUCCCUCCGAACUCAACAACAUCAGCAAACUCAAUGAACAUUUCAGCAAGUUUGGAACUAUCGUCAACCUUCAGGUGGCAUACCAGAAUGACCCAGAGGGUGCGCUGAUCCAGUUUGCAUCCCCAGUUGAGGCCAAGCGGGCCAUACAAAGCACAGAGGCUGUCCUCAACAACCGCUUCAUUCGGGUGCAUUGGUUUCGUGAGAACGGAGGUGAUGGGCUGGGUCACAGCCAGUUUCACUCACAGCAGUUGCAGCCACAGCCGGUCACGCAGCCCUCAGCGACCUCGCUGAAGCAGUCUGUCAAAUAUCGCCUUGGGCCUCUUCUCCCUGCAAACUCUGAGCCUUCAAAGGACUCCAUUGUGUCCGCUCAGAUACAGAAUCCUGCCAAAGCGUCAGUGAAAGAGCGUUUGGGUUUCUCGACCAAACUAGCUGCUCCGGUUGAGAAGGUAUUUUCAACCUCUGCGGGCCUCUCAAAGACUGUAUACAAUCCUGCAGCCAUGAAAGCUGUCCAGAAAACCACAGAGGAUGCCCUAAAGAAGAAGCAGGAAGCCCUAAAAUUACAGCAGGAUGUGAGGAAGAAGAAGCAGGAAAUACUAGAGAAGCACAUUGAAACACAGAAGCUCCUAAUCGCCAAACUUGAGAAGAACAAAGCAAUGAAAGCAGAGGAUAAAGCCAAGAUCAUGGAAACGCUGGGCACCUUAACCAAGAGCAUCACAAAACUACAAGAAGAGAUAAAAAGCAUCUCAAGCAGCAGCAAUCUACUGCAUGCAGCCAAGAGCAAGGCCCAAGCUCAGAAAGAACUGCUUGAUGCAGAGCUGGACCUCUACAAGAAGACUCAAGCUGGGGAGGACACUGCUUUAUUGAAGCUCAAGUAUACCCAGCUGCAAAUAGAGGCCGCUAAAAGGGGACUACUGUCACCAGGCCGGGGUCGCGCGGUCCUAACUCGAGGUCGUGGCACUUCAAGAGCCCGGGGACGGGGUUCCAGAGGACGGGGAAGAGGUGUUCCACUGCAUGCAGUUGUGGACCAUCGACCACGAGCUCUUCAGAUCUCUGGAUUCUCUGAUAUUGAGAGGGUAGAUCUGCUGCCACACUUUGCUCAAUUUGGAGAAAUAGAAGACUGCCAGAUGUAUGACGGCGGCCUGUCUGCAAUCAUCACAUACAGGACAAGAGCAGAGGCAGAGCAGGCGGCCCUUCAUGGCCUCAAGUUGAACAACCAUAAUUUACGCCUGGCAUGGCACAAGCCUGCCAUGACACUUAAUGCUGCUGAUGCUAAUGAGGCAGAACCAGAUGAGGAUGAGUAUCCAGAAGAAUCACUGAGUGACGAUGCCUUGCUGCAGGAUGACGACGAGGAGGAGGAUGACAACGAGCCUCGCUCCUGGCGCAGAUGAAGACUGUCCUGAUGUUGAGUGGAUGAUGACCAGAUGUCCAACUGUUUAUUUAUUAUAAUGCCAGUUUAUAAAUCUAACAGGGAACCAUGGCGUGACUUCUCAAAUAUGUAACAGGCUGAAGAAACAUGCAACUUUGAUUGAUUUUAAGAUGUAUUCCAGAUGCAACAAUGUUUUUUUUAAUGCUCUUAAUGUAGAUUUUUUUUUUUCUUUUUGGGGGCGUAAUUUUGAUUCUAGAACUCAUAGUUUGUCUGGACAUGUGACAGCUAGUUGAAGAAAACAAAUCCUGUGUUACCAUUGAACUCAAUGACAGACCGUAAACCUUUUGCAGAAUAGUAUUACAUUGAUUGGUUAAAUGCUCAUAUGUAAAUAUUUUAUGUCUGGGUUGAAAUUAUUUGUACGAAAGCUUAGUUUCUCAGUUAUUGGCUUCAAUUUUCAAUUGUGUAAAAAAAAAAUAAAAAAUAAAGAAUUGAAAUGGUCAGAAAACACUGCCAAGGGAAGGGUUGGGAGGGGGGAAAAAGUAUGGCAGUGAGAAAAGGUUCACCAUUUAAAAGCUGCAAUUGACCAUUUCAAAAAAACAAAAAAAAAUCUUCAUGUUCACCUAAAGAGCAAACUUCCUAAACAAUUCCACCAUCCAACAGUUGUUGCUUGGUAAGGUAACUUGUCAUAUGUCAUUGAAUAUACACCAAAGGUAAGAGCUGUCAGAUAUUUUAAAUAUUUCUGAGUAUUCACACUAUAAAAGCCUGACUUGAUUAUAUAACAUUUCUCUUGUUUUUGCAGGUGCUGUUAACCACCACAACAACUAAGAAGGCUCAUCUCUUGAUUUCUGUUUUGCAUUAUGAAUGAAUUGUAUAAAUACAUAUUUUUAAACUUCAUCUACUGGGUGAUGGAUUAAUGCCUGAUGAUAAAUUGUAAAAACAUCUUUACACAAGGACACUUAAUCCUUUUCAUUACUCUGGGAAGUAUGUGUAAUACACAGCACAGCCCCAUGGUCCCAGCCCAAGCAAUAAGGCAAGAAAUUCCACUAACUAAUCUUGACGAGGCACACCUGCGAAGUGAAAACCAUUUCAGGUGACUACAUGAAAUAGAUAUAAAAUAUAAGACAUAUUAAGAGUUAUUUCACACUUUUUCAAGUACAUAAUUCCACGUGUUCAUUCAUAGUUUUGAUGCCUUCAGUGAGAAUCUAGUCAUGAAAAUAAUGAAAACUCAUUGAACGAGAAGGCGUCCAAACGUUUGACCUGUGCUGUACAUUAAAAUUAAAGACUCUAUAUCUAAACCACAGUUUCAAACAUCCAAUUCUUGGACAUCAGUAGGAUGUACUAAAGGGAAAUCAAAGACCUUGUCUCCUUUAACGCCACGAAACUGCCUGUUUAGACUUUGCCAGGGAGUAUCAAACAUGGGACAUUGAAAGGUGGAAUGGCUUCCAACGUUACUGGCAUGACAAGGAGAUUCCACCCGAGAUGUUUUCUACCCAGCACAGUGGAGGGGGGUCCAUCAUGAUCUGGGGUGCUUUUUCAUUCAGUGGAACACUGGAGCUUCAGGUGGUGCAGGGCCGUCAAAAGGCGUCUACUUACGUGCAGAUGUUGCAGUGGGCAUCCCUCAUGACUGAGGGUCCUCGUCUGUGUGGUAACAGCUGGGUUUUUCAACAGGACAACGCUGCAGUUCACAAUGCUCGCUUGACCAAGGACUUCUUCAGGGAGAAUAACAUCACUCUUUUGGACCAUCCUACAUGUUCCCCUGAUUUAAAUCCCACAGAGAACAUUUGGGGAUGGAUGGCAGGGGAUGUUUAUAAAAAUGUCCAUCAGUUCCAGACAGUUGAUGCCCUUCGUGAAGCCAUCUUCACCACUUGGAGCAAUGUUCCCACUAGCCUCCUGGAAACACUCGCAUCAAGCAUGCCCAAACCAGUUUUUGAAGUGAUUAACAAGAACGAUGAAGCUCAUUACUGAGAACAUUUGUUGUUCUGGUUUGCAGAGUUUUUUGUUAUUUUUUGAGCAAUAGUCUUAAACUUUUGAUCAGCCGAUAAGCAGCCUAUUUUAGUAUAAUUGUUGUUUUAAAUAAGUUAGUUUUUCAAAGUGCUUUUUGUCUCACU